AUGGAGGCCGUCCGAUUGAUAGGAGAUUAUCAAGCGUAUAGAAGCUUCGAGGAUGAUCUAGCCGUUGAUUCCAGGCACUACUACGCCGGAGACGCCGGUGCUCUCAUCCCCUCCCCACCACUCCCCACCACUCCCCACCACUCGCCAGACGACCCAAGUGUUGGAUUACAGCAACGCCAAGGUGUGGGGCGUGUGCGCGUGAACACGUCAGUCUCAUCUCCCCCACCGCCGUCCACCAUUUCCCAUCACUCCCCACCACCCCCGUCCGCCGCUCCCCACCACCCCCCACCACUCCCCGCCGUUCCCCAGACCACCCAGGUCCUGGAAUACAGCGACGCGGCGGAUUCGCGAUUCUACGGGGUGUAUGGGUCCGCGCUGAACGCCAAGGUGUGGGGCGUGUGCGCGGAGGCGCGCGGGCAGGGCCACAUGCCGACGCUGGAGAUGCUGCGGAUGCUGGCAGCGCAUGACACGGCGGUGGACGUGGUGCUCGUGGACUUCGAGGAGGACAAUGGGCUCAGGAAGCUCGUUGCCAGGCUGGCAGCGGGGCGCGGGAAGCAGCAGGGGCAGCACGGGCAGGGGGAGGGAGACGCGGGAAGGGUGGGUGUGGGAGAGGGCGGGCAGGGCCACAUGCCGACGCUGGAGAUGCUGCGCGCGCUGGCGGCGCAUGACACGGCGGUGGACGUGGUGCUCGUGGACUUCGAGGAGGACAAUGGGCUCAGGAAGCUUGUUGCGAGACUGGCUGCUGGGCGCGGGAUGGCGCAGGGACAGGGGGAGGGCGAGGGGGAGAGGAGCGGCGAGCCUACGGCAGGUGACGUUGCAAGGGUGGUAGCAGAGGCAAUGGGCGGACCAGUACCCAACGACGAAGAGAUCUAUGAGGUUUGGGAGGAGCUGGCUCGGGAGAGCAGGGUGCGGGCUGGAUCGCCCAUCAUGCUCAUCGGGAGCAUCAAGCUGGGUCUGAGUCGCCACCGUGCCUUGCUCUUCAAGGCCCUAGCAGAUUACUUUGGCAUCCCGUGUCGCAUGAUUCGAGGAACCAAUGGGGAGGCCCUCAUUGCUACGCGCUGCCGCCACAACAGGGAGUGGUUGGUAGACGUGAUGAGACAUCCUGGGCAGAUGGCCUCUCGCUCACACGAUGGCACCGUCGCAGGUCCCGCCUUCCUCAGAUCCCCCCUGCAGUUCGACCUCCCCUCCCCCUGGUCCGCCUCCCCCGCCCAAUCCGCGCGCCUGCACCUGCACUCGCGCCCCCCGCGCCCGUCCGCCCAGCAGCACGGCGGAGGGGGAGGGGGAGAGGGCGCAGGGGCAAGGGGGGAGGCUGCAGGAGCAGGGGGAGGACCAGGGGCGAGUGGGGACGGGAGGGGAGGGUCGGGGGGAGGGGGAGCGGAAGGAGGGGGUGGAGGGGGGGCUGCAGGGGCGGGGAUUGAAUCUGAGCCGUCGGUUUAUGCCCUGGCAACGCAGCAGCGGUUUGCAGGGCGGAGCAGUUGUGGGUGCGGGAUUAGGCGGGGGGUGUGGGGGCAGGGGGGAGCGUCAGGGGGAAGGGGGAGCGCGGGGGGAGCAGAGAGGCGCUCAGGCAGGCUCAGCACGUUGGGGGAAGCAGGGGGAGGGGGCGGAGGGGCAGGGGGGGAAGUCGGGGGAAGUGUGGGGCAAGGGGAUAUUUCCCCCGCAGGUGGUGCUGGCGGCGCGGAGCGGAGUGGGGGAGGAGGGGGCGCGGGCGCAUCUGGGGGAAUGGCGGAGGGGGGGGGAAGCAGCGGGGGGAUGUUGGGGAGAUGGCUUAAAAGCCCCGCAGGCAGUGAGCGGGUAUUCUGGGGGUGCGCAGGGGGAGAAGGGGCAUGGGCGCAAGGGGCAGGGGGAGCAGGGGGAGAGGGCGGAGGAGGGGGAAGAGGCGCCAGGGGGAAAGGGGGGAUUAUGGAGGGGUGGGGAGUGGUGGCACCAGGGAAAGGGGGGAAGGGGAGGAAAGGCAAGGGGGGGGAGAAGGGGACGGGGAGGACGAAAGGGGGGAGGAAGGGGGGGAGGGGGAGGGAGGCGGAGGAGGAGAGGGGGGCGGACGAGCGGGGAGGGGCGGGGGGGGCAGGGGGGGCAGGGGGGGCGGGUGGUGGGCGGGAGAUGGAUGAGGGGGCUAUGGUGCUGCGAUGGGCGAUGAAGGAGCUUGAGAUUGACUGGGCUGACAUGCACCUGCGGGAGAGAAUAGGGCAAGGUUCAUACGGCACGGUGUAUCGGGGGGAGUGGCAGGGAUCGGACGUGGCAGUGAAGGUCUUUCUCGAUCAGGACUUGGGCUCACAUGCUCUCGAGGACUUCAGAACAGAGGUGGCCAUAAUGUUCAAGGCGCGCCACCCCAACGUGCUCUACCUUAUGGGUGCUGUCACGCGCCCGCCGCACCUCUCUAUAGUCACAGAGUUCUGCCCUAGGGGAAGCAUCUUCAGGCUGCUGCAGCAGCCCAAUCGCGAGCUGACACCUCAGCGGAGACUGAGCUUCGCGCUUGAUGUGGCGAAGGGCAUGAACUACCUACACAAGCGCAAGCCGCCCAUCGUGCACCGGGACCUGAAGACGCCCAACCUUCUCGUGGACAAGGACUGGACUGUGAAGGUGUGCGACUUUGGGCUUUCCAGGUUGAAGCAUCGAACGUUCCUCUCCACCCGCUCUGGUGCCGGCACGCCCGAGUGGAUGGCUCCAGAAGUGUUACGCAACGAACCCUCCAAUGAAAAGGCGGAUGUGUACAGCUUUGGUGUGAUUCUAUGGGAGCUAGCAACCAUGCAGCAGCCAUGGACAGGUCUCAACGCCCUUCAGGUGGUGGGAGCAGUGGGGUAUCAGAACAGGCGCCUUGAGGUGCCAGACACGAUUGACAGCAGAGUUGCAGCAGUCAUCAAGUCAUGCUGGAGCGAUGAGCCCUCGCUGCGGCCAAGCUUUGAAGAAAUAAUCGGGUUCUUGCGGCAGCAGCAGCAGCUUCGAUAA